CUUUGCAUUGUUUUCAAUGUGUUUGCUUUAAUACAUUAAAGAGUAUUCUGUGUAUUAGAUAUAGAGUGCACAUACCACCAAAACACAGUAAUAGGCUACCGUAGACUGUAUUAGCACUCAAGCUGAGUACUCUUCGUUCAUACAUGUCAUAGUCAAUACUAUGGGUAGUUGCGCGCUGAAUAUUGUUCAGCUGAACACAGCCAUCAAGCCUAGCCAUCGUAUCUCUAUACGAUACCCUAUCCGAUACCGAAGAUGGCUAGUAUGACGGGCGAAUAGCCAAGGCUUAUUUGAUGAGUGAGACAGAGCUUCAUGAGGAGAUGCAAAAGAAUCAUCGUAUGUGCGACACUCACAUUUCUAUAGGGGGUUUGACACAACAGGGAAAGGACUGACACUGGGUACGAAAGAUGCUGAAGUUAUGACGUAUGCUGAACAUAAACGUAAAUUAGCAGAGACCAAGCUACAAGAACAGAUCAGAUCAGAAGCGAAUCUCGUGGAGAAACUUGCAAGUCUGGAUAUACUUCGAGAUAAUGAUCAGACAACUACGCAUGUGACUACGCGAACACAGAUAUCCUCCAUCGUAAAGGAACGUAAAAACUUUACGCCACCAAACAAAACAAAAACUCAUAUAGCUAUAAAGCAAAAAUUCGAAAAGGAUCUUGCUGAAGAAGAGGCAGCUGCUGCAAGGGCGGUGAUCGAGCUUUGCGAAACGAAGAUAACGAUAUCUCGUUUGACUGAUACAAUCGAUGAACCAACGAAAAGAAAAAAUAGACAUACAGAUAAUAAAUAAACAGCACUACACGAACCCAUAUGGGUACGAUUGUAGACCGGGUUUCGCUCA